AUCCAGCGGCAGACACACCAGCGCCUCUACACAGUGGCUGUAAAUAUCAGCAAAACGACAUCACCGGUCACCUCAUACGUCUAACAUUUUAGCUCCGCGUGUGUUUGAGAUCUUUCACGUGGACCUUGUGCCAGUUAAACAUCUGACAGAAGAGUGUAGUGAAAUGGUUCAGACGGUCUUUCAGCUGGGAUGAACUAACCCACAGAGCGCGUGCCUGCUUUGUACUGCGCAAUCUUUAACGAUUGCCGGUGAAGUCGUUGCGCUUUGAAACGUGAGCCGGGAUCCCACAAUAAAAAAAUAAACAAAUAUAUGAUAAUAGUCGCAACAGGCGGAUGAGAUAGCCAGAAAAAAGCUGCGUUCUGCACUGGGUUUAAAUAGAAAUGUAGUUCCCUUCUCUCUCUUUUUUUAAUUUUUAUUUUAUUAUUGUUGUUUUCGUGUCUACUGAGGAAUUCCCCGACUUUGCAGAGGCGAGUCCCGCAGAGAUGCUCGUUCAAAACCAAGUGACGGGCAAGAAAGCUGCGUUCCGCUCGCAUCGCGGAGCACCAGGAGCGUUUGGAUUGAAGUUGGCGAUGGAGCGAACGCCAAGAGGCACGCGAUGAGGAGCCCUUUUCUGACAUUUUGAUUUUUGUUAUUUCCUUUUUAUUUCAUCCUUUUUUUUUUAUUGUAUUUUUGCAACGGCGCCGAUCUGCCUCCCAGAGACGCGUGGUGAGCUCCCCAAUCUCUGGGGGCGCAGCGCGUCAGCCUGCGCUGGCUGAUGGAGCUGCCUCUGUUCAACUUGGAUGCGCUUCUCUCUUUCGGUCUCAUCACUUAAGUUUGUAGCGAUUGCGUGAACUGAAAGCGGAUGGAGAAGGGAAGGAGGAAACGCGGUAACCAAUGUUCACGGCUUCAAGGCGCGUCGGGGUCCAAUUAUUUACCCCUUCCUUCUUUUACGGUUAUGCAACAAAUUUCACCACCGAAUGACUUAAAACGAUGAGGAAAUCAAUCUUCGGGACUUUUUGAACACUGAGGACCACUUCGGUUGUGAUUGUGUUUUUUUUUUUUUUUUCUUUUUUUUUUUUUUUGGUUUCGAGAGCAAAGCGGUCGGAAUAUCGAGCCUGUUCAUGGGGGAGACACAUUGUUCGGGCUCUGGAGUUACAAUGAAGAAUUUGGAAAGUGGUGCUCACGUUUGAGGAUUACCAGGCGUUUUUUUAAAAAACAAUUUUUCUUCUCCUGCACAACACAGACGUCCAGGUUGAUGUCUGAAAAGUGCUCUGCGAACUCUGAGCUCCCAUGGAGUGGGUGUGCUCCACACUUACAUAAAACCAGCAGACUCUUAGGUUGCCAUGAGUGAGGAGGAGGAGGGCCCUGGUGUUGCAGCAUCAGCAUCCACACAGUCAGCAGCGACAGCCGCCAGGACACCACCGGCCGCAACCAAAGGCAGAGAUGGUGUGGUUUCGUCCUCGCCCCCCCGCAGGCCCUCUCCUCUCUAUCGCGUCUGUCCCGAGGAAAAAGAGGCAGAAGAGGAAGAGAAGGGGAUCAUUCAGGAAGAGAGGCUCGAAGAAGAAGAAACGGAGCUGAAGGUGGUGGAGGAGCGUGACGACGGCGGCGACGACGAGGACGACGCCGACGAUGGCAGCAGCGACACCAGCGUGCUGGUGGUGCCCUAUCCUGAGCUGGUUCCUGUGGUCUUCUUCUGUCUGAAGCAGACAACCUGCCCACGCAGCCUGUGCAUCCGCAUGGUCUGCAGCCCGUGGUUUGAGCGUGUGAGCAUGAUGGUGAUCCUGCUGAACUGCGUGACCCUGGGGAUGUACCAACCCUGCGAGAACAUCGACUGCUCCUCAGACCGCUGCCAGAUAUUACAGGCGUUUGAUGCGUUCAUCUACAUCUUCUUUGCCAUGGAGAUGGUGAUCAAGAUGGUCGCUCUGGGAAUCUUCGGACGGCGCUGUUACCUUGGAGACACGUGGAACCGCCUGGAUUUCUUCAUCGUCAUGGCAGGGUCAGAACCUCCUGUUCCAAUUGUUUGACCCUCCUCUAGGCAGAGUGACACACCCUGACGGGUGUAGUGAAAAAUUCACAGAGUGGCACAGAAACAUAUGCAGCAUAUUAAAAUUAGAUGCAGAACAUAGAACAUAUAGACCAAAAUAUAGCUGAAUAAUUUAAAGUUGUGUAGCUUAAACGUUAAACAUUACGCCAUACUGCAAACGUUCAGAAUCGUAACCACAGCUUGGCAGUGCAGCACGUUUAAAUCGUUUCAAAGUUCAAAUGUAACCAUGACUUAUGGUGGCUCUAUUUAAAGACUUGGCCCUUAAAUC